AUGACCUCUGCUAACAUUGACCCCGCCGGAGCCGCCGCCCUAAGGCCGCCCUCCGGAUCACGGCGCGUUGCGACUUCGUCCGCUCCUGCCUCGCUUUCUGGGUCCUCCCCGCCGAAGACGAGGACCCGCCCGCCUGGUCCACCCCCGCCUGUGCCUGGUGCCCGCCCUUUGCCCCUUCGCCCUGCACCGGCUCCGCCGUUUGAUGACAAGUGCGAGUACGCUUCGGAUGACGUCCUUCUUUUCUGGAAACCUCCGUCUGUGUUCUCGCAAUGGACUCCUUCGGCUUUUGACGUACUGGGGGUACGUUAUUCAUAUGGUGAGCAAUUUAUGAUGUUUGAAAAAGCGAAGCUGUUUGGGGAUAUGACGUCGUAUGACAAAAUUAUGGCUGCAACAAAUCCUAAGAAACUCAAGUUUUUGGGUCGAAACGUGCGUCCUUUCGACUAUGCUGAAUGGGAGCGUCGUCGUGAAGAGAUCGUGCUUACGGGGUCGUAUGCCAAAUUUGCUCAAAACCAUCACAUGAAACAUCAUCUACUGGAGACCCGCCUUCUUGCAGAAGCCAGCCCCUUCGAUCGUGUUUGGGGGUAUCGGCAUGUCUGCAUGCGUUCCAGAUGCUAG